AUGAACGCGCCACCGCCCGUCAUUCCUUCUCUUCCCCCAUUAGAACCCCAGGACGAUGGGUCCUUUUAUUCAGUGCUAGAAGCUACGGUCCAAAUAUUCCCUUCAGGGGCUGUGGAACUCAUCUCUAAUGUAAUUAGAAGGUUGAAGGAAAAGCGGAAGAUAUUAGCCAGCUUUGACAUGUCUAUUCAUAUGGAUACUGUCUAUGAAUGCUAUCUUCUUGCCAAGGAUCUCUUGUUCAUGCUUCCCUGGGAGAGCCCCGAAAUUAAAGCGCCCUCUGAACAGGCCAUGCUGAUAUGGUCCACUGGAUCUUCACUCACCAUAAUUGCAAAUAGUGUUUUACUGGAUAUUGUAGCACUGUUAUAUAACACCGUGUCUGCGUGUUACACACUCGCUGCCUCCAAUGCCAAAGCUAUUCACCAUUCAGUAGGAUAUAUUUUGCAAGCGGCAAACAUGAUUUCUGAAACAUUGCAGCAAGUCGAUAGCACGUUUUCCACUUUAGAUGGAACCCUCUUAAACCGUGACGUAUUACAGGCUCUAGAACACUUUAGCAGGGCACUCGCCAUGGACCUUAUCUCAACUAGCCCAGAAUUAACCGAAGAACAUGACUCGGUGACCAGGUACAGGCAGCAGGCUUCGAAGCUUUAUAAAAAGGUUGCUGUACAUCGUUCGCAGCCAGAUAGUCUUGUUUGUAAAGGCCUUUUCGCUAUAAGCGAAUCUAUUCUUGAUCUUGCCGACAUACGAUCAGAUUUGCUCUACAUCAAUAUAGCCUCUCUUGCCUGUACGCGUUACAGAGCGCAGAAUCUCGUAGAAGAAAAUUAUACAUGGGCUAUCUUCUGCUGUCAACGCUUAUUAGGUGAUGCAGCUUCCAAUGCCGACACUGAUAUCAGAGAAUACCUUGCAUAUGCUAAGCAGAUACUUGAGCAGUUCGUGACAUCGACAAAUAGAUGUGGAACAAAGCGCAUAACAGACUUCACCCUCACAAACCAGGAUGAGGUUGAAUUGCAAUUUCUUAGUCGAACAUCCGUACCGGUGUAUGGGACAUGUGUGCAGCCUACUCUUGCCCCGCUGGUUUGUCGAAAACUGCUGAUGGAUUAUUCUGAUAAAGUCGAUACAGCACUUACUUCUGGUGAUCAUAAAGAAGAUUUGCGUGACGACCUGUUGAACAUUUAUCAGACGUUCGCCGAUUACCACUCUUUUAAGAAUACCGAGUAUCCAAUCGAUAUUAGGGAUGGAAUGAACUGCUUUAGGGAGCUUCUUAUCUCAACAUACGGUGUGUCUCUAGCUCCUCUUUCUAUGCCUGAUACUGACUUUUCUUCAGAUGAUGUCAAUGAAAUAAGGGCCCAAUUUCAUAAGCUUCUCAAAGAGCGCGAUAAAGAAAUCGAUCGGUUGAGAAACCUGUGUAUCAAUAUAUCCUCCUCAAUUCCUUAUACGCCAAACCACAACUUACUAGAUGAAGUUAUGUUGGGAAUGGCUCCUACUCCUGCAUAUGAUAUUCAAUCCUCCAAAAUGAACUUGAAUGAUUUGCUUCUCUCUCAACCCAUCAGUGACGUAUUAGCGCGAAAGGACGAUGAGAUCUCCAGGCUUCAGGAGAGGCUCGCCGCCCAGGACCCGAGAUCUCUCGAAUCCGAAGAGCCCGGGGCAGCAGCCCGAAUCCAGGCCCUUGAAGAGGCCCUCCAAGCCCGUGACGAAGAGCUUGCCCGCCUCCAGGCCGCAGCCGCCGAGCCCGCCAUUGACUAUCCUGCCCUUCUCCGGGCCGCGGAAGAGGCUCGCGCAGCCGACGAAGCCCGGCACCAGCAGGCGCUGGACGAUCUCCGGCAGCAGCUGCGCGCCAACGAGCAGGCAGACCGGGCUGCAAUCCAAAGCGCCCUUGGCCGACUGGCAGAAAAGGUCAAGGAGAACGAAGGCCUCAGCAAGCGCCUCGAGGACGCCGUCGCUAGCGGAGCCGCGAGCCCGCGCCUGGCCCAGACCACCACCGACUACGACGCGCUCCUGGCCGAGAAGGACCGCGAGAUCAAGCGCCUCCAGGAGGCCCUGCUCUCCCAGCCCACCGGGGACGUCCUGGCACAGAAGGACGACGAGAUUGCCCAACUCAGAGACGCACUUUCUGCAACGCGGUCUCCUGCAGAUGGUCUGCAAACAGCUAUCAACCAGCUCGCCGACAAGGUUCAGGACAACGGCAGCCUGGUUACACAACUCAUGGGCAAUAUCGUCCAGGGUGUGGAAUCUGCAAGCGCCGAGGGCGAAUUGCCAGUUACCAUUGAUGGACUUACGGCUCGCAUCCGGGCUCUAGAAGAUGCCGCUGCGGAAGCAAGGACAGAUGCCGAACGGAAGAACGCCGAGAUCUCCAGGCUUCAGGAGAGGCUCGCCGCCCAGGACCCGAGAUCUCUCGAAUCCGAAGAGCCCGGGGCAGCAGCCCGAAUCCAGGCCCUUGAAGAGGCCCUCCAAGCCCGUGACGAAGAGCUUGCCCGCCUCCAGGCCGCAGCCGCCGAGCCCGCCAUUGACUAUCCUGCCCUUCUCCGGGCCGCGGAAGAGGCUCGCGCAGCCGACGAAGCCCGGCACCAGCAGGCGCUGGACGAUCUCCGGCAGCAGCUGCGCGCCAACGAGCAGGCAGACCGGGCUGCAAUCCAAAGCGCCCUUGGCCGACUGGCAGAAAAGGUCAAGGAGAACGAAGGCCUCAGCAAGCGCCUCGAGGACGCCGUCGCUAGCGGAGCCGCGAGCCCGCGCCUGGCCCAGACCACCACCGACUACGACGCGCUCCUGGCCGAGAAGGACCGCGAGAUCAAGCGCCUCCAGGAGGCCCUGCUCUCCCAGCCCACCGGGGACGUCCUGGCACAGAAGGACGACGAGAUUGCCCAACUCAGAGACGCACUUUCUGCAACGCGGUCUCCUGCAGAUGGUCUGCAAACAGCUAUCAACCAGCUCGCCGACAAGGUUCAGGACAACGGCAGCCUGGUUACACAACUCAUGGGCAAUAUCGUCCAGGGUGUGGAAUCUGCAAGCGCCGAGGGCGAAUUGCCAGUUACCAUUGAUGGACUUACGGCUCGCAUCCGGGCUCUAGAAGAUGCCGCUGCGGAAGCAAGGACAGAUGCCGAACGGAAGAACGCCGAGAUCUCCAGGCUUCAGGAGAGGCUCGCCGCCCAGGACCCGAGAUCUCUCGAAUCCGAAGAGCCCGGGGCAGCAGCCCGAAUCCAGGCCCUUGAAGAGGCCCUCCAAGCCCGUGACGAAGAGCUUGCCCGCCUCCAGGCCGCAGCCGCCGAGCCCGCCAUUGACUAUCCUGCCCUUCUCCGGGCCGCGGAAGAGGCUCGCGCAGCCGACGAAGCCCGGCACCAGCAGGCGCUGGACGAUCUCCGGCAGCAGCUGCGCGCCAACGAGCAGGCAGACCGGGCUGCAAUCCAAAGCGCCCUUGGCCGACUGGCAGAAAAGGUCAAGGAGAACGAAGGCCUCAGCAAGCGCCUCGAGGACGCCGUCGCUAGCGGAGCCGCGAGCCCGCGCCUGGCCCAGACCACCACCGACUACGACGCGCUCCUGGCCGAGAAGGACCGCGAGAUCAAGCGCCUCCAGGAGGCCCUGCUCUCCCAGCCCACCGGGGACGUCCUGGCACAGAAGGACGACGAGAUUGCCCAACUCAGAGACGCACUUUCUGCAACGCGGUCUCCUGCAGAUGGUCUGCAAACAGCUAUCAACCAGCUCGCCGACAAGGUUCAGGACAACGGCAGCCUGGUUACACAACUCAUGGGCAAUAUCGUCCAGGGUGUGGAAUCUGCAAGCGCCGAGGGCGAAUUGCCAGUUACCAUUGAUGGACUUACGGCUCGCAUCCGGGCUCUAGAAGAUGCCGCUGCGGAAGCAAGGACAGAUGCCGAACGGAAGAACGCCGAGAUCUCCAGGCUUCAGGAGAGGCUCGCCGCCCAGGACCCGAGAUCUCUCGAAUCCGAAGAGCCCGGGGCAGCAGCCCGAAUCCAGGCCCUUGAAGAGGCCCUCCAAGCCCGUGACGAAGAGCUUGCCCGCCUCCAGGCCGCAGCCGCCGAGCCCGCCAUUGACUAUCCUGCCCUUCUCCGGGCCGCGGAAGAGGCUCGCGCAGCCGACGAAGCCCGGCACCAGCAGGCGCUGGACGAUCUCCGGCAGCAGCUGCGCGCCAACGAGCAGGCAGACCGGGCUGCAAUCCAAAGCGCCCUUGGCCGACUGGCAGAAAAGGUCAAGGAGAACGAAGGCCUCAGCAAGCGCCUCGAGGACGCCGUCGCUAGCGGAGCCGCGAGCCCGCGCCUGGCCCAGACCACCACCGACUACGACGCGCUCCUGGCCGAGAAGGACCGCGAGAUCAAGCGCCUCCAGGAGGCCCUGCUCUCCCAGCCCACCGGGGACGUCCUGGCACAGAAGGACGACGAGAUUGCCCAACUCAGAGACGCACUUUCUGCAACGCGGUCUCCUGCAGAUGGUCUGCAAACAGCUAUCAACCAGCUCGCCGACAAGGUUCAGGACAACGGCAGCCUGGUUACACAACUCAUGGGCAAUAUCGUCCAGGGUGUGGAAUCUGCAAGCGCCGAGGGCGAAUUGCCAGUUACCAUUGAUGGACUUACGGCUCGCAUCCGGGCUCUAGAAGAUGCCGCUGCGGAAGCAAGGACAGAUGCCGAACGGAAGAACGCCGAGAUCUCCAGGCUUCAGGAGAGGCUCGCCGCCCAGGACCCGAGAUCUCUCGAAUCCGAAGAGCCCGGGGCAGCAGCCCGAAUCCAGGCCCUUGAAGAGGCCCUCCAAGCCCGUGACGAAGAGCUUGCCCGCCUCCAGGCCGCAGCCGCCGAGCCCGCCAUUGACUAUCCUGCCCUUCUCCGGGCCGCGGAAGAGGCUCGCGCAGCCGACGAAGCCCGGCACCAGCAGGCGCUGGACGAUCUCCGGCAGCAGCUGCGCGCCAACGAGCAGGCAGACCGGGCUGCAAUCCAAAGCGCCCUUGGCCGACUGGCAGAAAAGGUCAAGGAGAACGAAGGCCUCAGCAAGCGCCUCGAGGACGCCGUCGCUAGCGGAGCCGCGAGCCCGCGCCUGGCCCAGACCACCACCGACUACGACGCGCUCCUGGCCGAGAAGGACCGCGAGAUCAAGCGCCUCCAGGAGGCCCUGCUCUCCCAGCCCACCGGGGACGUCCUGGCACAGAAGGACGACGAGAUUGCCCAACUCAGAGACGCACUUUCUGCAACGCGGUCUCCUGCAGAUGGUCUGCAAACAGCUAUCAACCAGCUCGCCGACAAGGUUCAGGACAACGGCAGCCUGGUUACACAACUCAUGGGCAAUAUCGUCCAGGGUGUGGAAUCUGCAAGCGCCGAGGGCGAAUUGCCAGUUACCAUUGAUGGACUUACGGCUCGCAUCCGGGCUCUAGAAGAUGCCGCUGCGGAAGCAAGGACAGAUGCCGAACGGAAGAACGCCGAGAUCUCCAGGCUUCAGGAGAGGCUCGCCGCCCAGGACCCGAGAUCUCUCGAAUCCGAAGAGCCCGGGGCAGCAGCCCGAAUCCAGGCCCUUGAAGAGGCCCUCCAAGCCCGUGACGAAGAGCUUGCCCGCCUCCAGGCCGCAGCCGCCGAGCCCGCCAUUGACUAUCCUGCCCUUCUCCGGGCCGCGGAAGAGGCUCGCGCAGCCGACGAAGCCCGGCACCAGCAGGCGCUGGACGAUCUCCGGCAGCAGCUGCGCGCCAACGAGCAGGCAGACCGGGCUGCAAUCCAAAGCGCCCUUGGCCGACUGGCAGAAAAGGUCAAGGAGAACGAAGGCCUCAGCAAGCGCCUCGAGGACGCCGUCGCUAGCGGAGCCGCGAGCCCGCGCCUGGCCCAGACCACCACCGACUACGACGCGCUCCUGGCCGAGAAGGACCGCGAGAUCAAGCGCCUCCAGGAGGCCCUGCUCUCCCAGCCCACCGGGGACGUCCUGGCACAGAAGGACGACGAGAUUGCCCAACUCAGAGACGCACUUUCUGCAACGCGGUCUCCUGCAGAUGGUCUGCAAACAGCUAUCAACCAGCUCGCCGACAAGGUUCAGGACAACGGCAGCCUGGUUACACAACUCAUGGGCAAUAUCGUCCAGGGUGUGGAAUCUGCAAGCGCCGAGGGCGAAUUGCCAGUUACCAUUGAUGGACUUACGGCUCGCAUCCGGGCUCUAGAAGAUGCCGCUGCGGAAGCAAGGACAGAUGCCGAACGGAAGAACGCCGAGAUCUCCAGGCUUCAGGAGAGGCUCGCCGCCCAGGACCCGAGAUCUCUCGAAUCCGAAGAGCCCGGGGCAGCAGCCCGAAUCCAGGCCCUUGAAGAGGCCCUCCAAGCCCGUGACGAAGAGCUUGCCCGCCUCCAGGCCGCAGCCGCCGAGCCCGCCAUUGACUAUCCUGCCCUUCUCCGGGCCGCGGAAGAGGCUCGCGCAGCCGACGAAGCCCGGCACCAGCAGGCGCUGGACGAUCUCCGGCAGCAGCUGCGCGCCAACGAGCAGGCAGACCGGGCUGCAAUCCAAAGCGCCCUUGGCCGACUGGCAGAAAAGGUCAAGGAGAACGAAGGCCUCAGCAAGCGCCUCGAGGACGCCGUCGCUAGCGGAGCCGCGAGCCCGCGCCUGGCCCAGACCACCACCGACUACGACGCGCUCCUGGCCGAGAAGGACCGCGAGAUCAAGCGCCUCCAGGAGGCCCUGCUCUCCCAGCCCACCGGGGACGUCCUGGCACAGAAGGACGACGAGAUUGCCCAACUCAGAGACGCACUUUCUGCAACGCGGUCUCCUGCAGAUGGUCUGCAAACAGCUAUCAACCAGCUCGCCGACAAGGUUCAGGACAACGGCAGCCUGGUUACACAACUCAUGGGCAAUAUCGUCCAGGGUGUGGAAUCUGCAAGCGCCGAGGGCGAAUUGCCAGUUACCAUUGAUGGACUUACGGCUCGCAUCCGGGCUCUAGAAGAUGCCGCUGCGGAAGCAAGGACAGAUGCCGAACGGAAGAACGCCGAGAUCUCCAGGCUUCAGGAGAGGCUCGCCGCCCAGGACCCGAGAUCUCUCGAAUCCGAAGAGCCCGGGGCAGCAGCCCGAAUCCAGGCCCUUGAAGAGGCCCUCCAAGCCCGUGACGAAGAGCUUGCCCGCCUCCAGGCCGCAGCCGCCGAGCCCGCCAUUGACUAUCCUGCCCUUCUCCGGGCCGCGGAAGAGGCUCGCGCAGCCGACGAAGCCCGGCACCAGCAGGCGCUGGACGAUCUCCGGCAGCAGCUGCGCGCCAACGAGCAGGCAGACCGGGCUGCAAUCCAAAGCGCCCUUGGCCGACUGGCAGAAAAGGUCAAGGAGAACGAAGGCCUCAGCAAGCGCCUCGAGGACGCCGUCGCUAGCGGAGCCGCGAGCCCGCGCCUGGCCCAGACCACCACCGACUACGACGCGCUCCUGGCCGAGAAGGACCGCGAGAUCAAGCGCCUCCAGGAGGCCCUGCUCUCCCAGCCCACCGGGGACGUCCUGGCACAGAAGGACGACGAGAUUGCCCAACUCAGAGACGCACUUUCUGCAACGCGGUCUCCUGCAGAUGGUCUGCAAACAGCUAUCAACCAGCUCGCCGACAAGGUUCAGGACAACGGCAGCCUGGUUACACAACUCAUGGGCAAUAUCGUCCAGGGUGUGGAAUCUGCAAGCGCCGAGGGCGAAUUGCCAGUUACCAUUGAUGGACUUACGGCUCGCAUCCGGGCUCUAGAAGAUGCCGCUGCGGAAGCAAGGACAGAUGCCGAACGGAAGAACGCCGAGAUCUCCAGGCUUCAGGAGAGGCUCGCCGCCCAGGACCCGAGAUCUCUCGAAUCCGAAGAGCCCGGGGCAGCAGCCCGAAUCCAGGCCCUUGAAGAGGCCCUCCAAGCCCGUGACGAAGAGCUUGCCCGCCUCCAGGCCGCAGCCGCCGAGCCCGCCAUUGACUAUCCUGCCCUUCUCCGGGCCGCGGAAGAGGCUCGCGCAGCCGACGAAGCCCGGCACCAGCAGGCGCUGGACGAUCUCCGGCAGCAGCUGCGCGCCAACGAGCAGGCAGACCGGGCUGCAAUCCAAAGCGCCCUUGGCCGACUGGCAGAAAAGGUCAAGGAGAACGAAGGCCUCAGCAAGCGCCUCGAGGACGCCGUCGCUAGCGGAGCCGCGAGCCCGCGCCUGGCCCAGACCACCACCGACUACGACGCGCUCCUGGCCGAGAAGGACCGCGAGAUCAAGCGCCUCCAGGAGGCCCUGCUCUCCCAGCCCACCGGGGACGUCCUGGCACAGAAGGACGACGAGAUUGCCCAACUCAGAGACGCACUUUCUGCAACGCGGUCUCCUGCAGAUGGUCUGCAAACAGCUAUCAACCAGCUCGCCGACAAGGUUCAGGACAACGGCAGCCUGGUUACACAACUCAUGGGCAAUAUCGUCCAGGGUGUGGAAUCUGCAAGCGCCGAGGGCGAAUUGCCAGUUACCAUUGAUGGACUUACGGCUCGCAUCCGGGCUCUAGAAGAUGCCGCUGCGGAAGCAAGGACAGAUGCCGAACGGAAGAACGCCGAGAUCUCCAGGCUUCAGGAGAGGCUCGCCGCCCAGGACCCGAGAUCUCUCGAAUCCGAAGAGCCCGGGGCAGCAGCCCGAAUCCAGGCCCUUGAAGAGGCCCUCCAAGCCCGUGACGAAGAGCUUGCCCGCCUCCAGGCCGCAGCCGCCGAGCCCGCCAUUGACUAUCCUGCCCUUCUCCGGGCCGCGGAAGAGGCUCGCGCAGCCGACGAAGCCCGGCACCAGCAGGCGCUGGACGAUCUCCGGCAGCAGCUGCGCGCCAACGAGCAGGCAGACCGGGCUGCAAUCCAAAGCGCCCUUGGCCGACUGGCAGAAAAGGUCAAGGAGAACGAAGGCCUCAGCAAGCGCCUCGAGGACGCCGUCGCUAGCGGAGCCGCGAGCCCGCGCCUGGCCCAGACCACCACCGACUACGACGCGCUCCUGGCCGAGAAGGACCGCGAGAUCAAGCGCCUCCAGGAGGCCCUGCUCUCCCAGCCCACCGGGGACGUCCUGGCACAGAAGGUCUCCGAUGAAUCUAAACCUGUCGAUGACUUAUUCCUUGCUACACAUUCGUCAUCCCUGCAUGAUAGGGCUCACGAGCCCACACUUGCCGAACUGCAACGAGAACUAGAGGAUCUUCGCAAAGAUAAUGCUCUAUUGCGUCUUACAAAAGCUGAUUAUGCUAGGUCGAACAUCAACCCGUUAUCGGAAAAAGAGUUAAAGGACAGAGUAUUUAAGUACAAAUCAGGAUACCUUCGAAAAGCCAUACAGUUACGUGAGUCAGAGGAUGCGCGUUUGAGGCUUCAGGCUGAAAAUUCUGCUUUAUCGUCCGCUAUAGCUGAGCUAAAGGCCAAACAAUUUGCUGAACCAGAUAAGACUAAUCCUGUUUUACCUAGCAAUGGCUUGACCUUGACUGACCUUCACCACCUAGGUUCAGAUGUAAGUCUAUCUGAUGCUUUAGUGCAAGAAGUCGAAGACUUGCGGGGUGAGGUAAAGCGAUAUAAAAAAGCAUAUUUAGCCAAAUCACAAGCCUAUAACGAACAAGAAGAGCGAUUGCAGGGAAUUAUGGGCUCUGUUGGAUAUCUUCCCGAUGUAAUUACCCCUGUCUCCAGUCCUCGCACCUCCAUUCCUAAUACGAUUGGUCAACAAGUUAUUCUGACAGACCUGGUCGACUGGUACGGCAAUACACGGUUAAUGCAAGCGGUAGCACUUGGAAAUGAGGCCGACAUCAAAGCCUACCUAAUUCAAAGCGGAAAACAGAACAGGGACGGUUGGUCAGCCCUUAUGUUUGCAGCACAGCAGGGAAAUAUGCGUGCAGUGAAGCUAUUGAUCGACAAGGAAGCAGAUCUUGUGCGCAAUGAUGGUAUGACGGCCUACAAGCUGGCUGUAGAAAAUGGGCACACUGAAAUAGCAAAUCUUCUGAAGACCCAAACCAGCACUUGGAGAGGUUGUUAG